UUAGGUCACCUCCAGGCAACUGACACCAUGAGUGUGGGAUUCAUCGGCGCGGGGCAGCUUGCCUUCUCCCUGGCUAGGGGUUUCACCGCAGCAGGAGUUUUGGCUGCUCACAAGAUAACAGCAAGUUCGCCAGACACUGAUCUCCCUACUGUAUCAGGGUUGAGGAAAAUGGGUGUGAAUUUCACUCUAAGCAACAAAGAGACGGUUAAAAACAGUGACGUCCUGUUUCUGGCAGUGAAACCUCCCAUAAUUCCAUUCAUCCUGGAUGAGAUUGGCUCAGAUAUAGAGGAUCGGCACAUUGUGGUCUCAUGCGCUGCUGGGGUCACGAUCAGCUCUAUUGAAAAGAAACUUUCUGCCUUCUGCCCCACCCCAAAAGUGAUCAGGUGCAUGACCAACACACCUGUGAUUGUAAGAGAAGGAGCCACUGUCUACGCUACGGGGACCCAUGCUGACGUAGAGGAUGGAAAGCUCUUGGAACAACUGAUGGCUAGUGUGGGCUUCUGCACUGAAGUGGAAGAAGACUUGAUAGAUGCUGUCACAGGACUCAGUGGCAGUGGACCUGCUUAUGCAUUCACAGCCCUGGAUGCCCUGGCAGAUGGAGGCGUGAAGAUGGGCCUUCCUCGCAGGCUAGCCGUCCGGCUGGGAGCUCAAGCUUUGCUGGGAGCUGCCAAGAUGCUGUUGGAUUCAGAGCAGCACCCCGGACAGCUGAAGGACAAUGUUUGCUCACCUGGGGGUGCUACCAUCUACGCCCUGCACUUCUUGGAGAGUGGUGGCUUCCGUUCACUCCUCAUCAAUGCUGUGGAGGCAUCCUGCAUCAGGACAAGGGAACUACAAUGCUUGGCUGACCAGGAGAAGGUCUCCCCGGCCGCUGUUAAGAAGACCUUGAUGGAUAAAGUGAAACUGGAGUCUUCCUCUGCCAACAAGGUCAGCUUAUUCAGCAAAAAGAAUCCUGGCAGCAAGAAGCAAUGAGGAGGCCUGGGCCUUGCCCAGCCAACACUUUCCUUUCCCUUUCAGGGGAAGCAGUAGCUUAAGCCAUUUUUUUGUGGUGGGGCCUAGCCUGGUUUUGCGGCUGCAGGAGAACGGGGUUUUAGCUUCCAGAUGUGAUUAAUUAAAGAGUAGCAGGGACCAGCAUUUCUGGGGGCUGAGCAGGAGGCAGACUGCCACCAGCACUUUCCACUGGGUGGGUGACUGUGUGUACUUCUGGCCUUGAGGGAUUUUGGUCCUGUAGUUGUGAUUAUGAUGUUUUGUUAUUUACACCCUCCUCCCUUCCUCCAGGGCACACCCCUCCUGUUAAUCUUUUCAUCAACUUUGUGAACAGUGCUAUUUUUCUAGAAAAAGAGGUUCCGGGACUCACCAUGAACACCUCCCUCAUUCUUUUAGAAUGGCAAUGGUGCCUACCUGAGCGGUGCCAGAACUGAGUUUCAGAGAGUUUUGGCUGAAAAAAAGCCUUGCUUGUGAGGUACAUUGCCCUGGGAGACAAUGGCUGGCCCAAAGUAACCUGGGGAGCACCAUGUCUAAGCAGAGAUUUUAACCUGGUCUCUUCCCAGUCUUUGUCUGUCUUCUGUGGCUGUAUCAGGCUGGUAGACAUUCACUGGUAUGGGCACACUUCUUAUUUAAUAGGCCAGGGACUUGACCCCAGGCAGGCCCUUCAAGUCCUGGCAGUUGUUGUGUAUCCCAUUCUCAUGAAAUAGUGGCUGCUGUACAGUCUGCAAGGCACUCUGGACUUCGGGCUAUUUUUUUUUUUUUUUGCUCCUCACUGCAAACUGGAUUGCCACUGUUCCCCACACACUGUUAAUCUUACUUUGUAUAGAGGACCCCAAAUUUCCUUGGCAGCUCCACUUGUACAGCCCCUACUAUGCUGCCCACAAUAGUAGUAAAAUAAAAUCUCUCACAAUUUUUCUGUU